UUUCACAUAUAUCUUGCAGUUAAAAAAGAUAAUGGAAAUAGUCAGCUUAACAACAAAAAUGUUUUAUAAUAUAUAAAAAAAAUAAUAUCUAUUUUAUUUGUAGCUGCAACGUCUUCUAUGUCAGAUGAUUAAGAUAAUUGAGUAAAACCUCAACAGCAAACUCUUUACUUUUAACAAGAUGAUAAUUACUUUUAUUUAGUUCAUCAUAUAUGUAGUUAAUGAAUUUUUUACUGAGUCUUAUUAUGUUCUGUUUUAAUUAGUGCAAAAAAGAAUGUGUAAAUUGUAAUAGAAAGUUAACAAGUUUAAACUGACGAGAAAGUAUAACCUAUAAUAAGAUUGUAUGUAAACAUUUAAUAUAAAAUAUUGAAGGGAAGAAGAAAUUGUGUGAUGUAUCACUGUGUAACUUGUGGAGCUGAAGUGGAAGAACUUUACAGAAGAUAUUGUCCAAAUGUUUUAAAACUCUUAAAAUGUGAUGCAUGUGGCCAUACGGCCGACAAGUACAUCGAAUACGACCCUGUGAUAAUCUUAGUCGAUUUAAUACUGCUCGAAAAAAAAGCAUACAGACAUCUGCUGUACAACUGUGAUCUUAAAUCUUGUUGGAAACUCCUGAUAAUUCUUUGGCUCAUUGAGUCUUUUCGAAGCCUUUCCUUGUGUAAAAAUAACAAAAAAUCUGUCGAAAUAUCGAGAACAUAUCCAUCUAGUUUUGAAGAAAAUUGUAAUCUUUAUUUAAUUCUACUGCAGACUUUUUUCUCUUUCGCUUCUUUCAUUCUUGUUGUGAUUCUUCUGACCAAAAUUAAGUGGUAUUUUUAUAAAAAAAACUCAAAUGAGUGCAGUGUAAUCCAUUUAACAAAAGCCUUAGUGAUAGGUGGAUCUGGAAAAUUAUUAGGAUUAUUAGAAAUCACGUGGGGACACAUUUUUCUAGCGCCUCAUUAUUUCCUCAUCUUGGGAUAUACUCUUCUCUGUAUGCUCACUGCUUACUCAGUGUGUACCAAUAGUGGGAAAAUGGAAUCGUUGAUUAUUUUGGAACUGGGAAUAGUAAUUUACAACUACUCAUCUAUCUUUUUCACUGCAACACUUGAAGCCUUAAAAUUAGUUUAAUUAUUUAUUUUCAAUUCAGUUUGGUUUUAUAAUCUUAUUUAUAGUGAAAUAACAUUAAGUUAAACUAAAUAAAUACAUUAUAUUUGUAA